UACAUCUGAAGUCUGAAUGCUCACGGCAUUGGGCUAUCUCUUCUAGACCUGGCUCUUCCAUAUCUUUCCACAUCGCUACAUAUGUCGUAGGCACCUAGGGCGUGCGCCCCCAAGAAAGUCUCUUUCAAAUUCUCCGUAUUAUUCCUCAUCAAACACUAAUUCAAUGCCUUCAUCCCUUGCGGCCGCUAUCGCAGCUUCUUGUCUCCUCUUAAAGUGCAUUUUCAAUGGAGUAAUAAUGUCACACUGCCCUUCUAUGAGCAUCAAUCUCACCACCAGCCGUUCAAUGGAAUGUGAUCACGUGUUCAGGCGCUUUAGGUGCACAGCUUAUGCUGUUGACACCAGAACCAUCAUUCCCCGCUGCCUGACUAUCGCUGCUGAGAAAACCUCCUCGUAAGUGAUAAUUCCGAAAUUUGAUCGAUGAAAGCUGAGACCGCACUCCACUGCUCUAGUCAAAAUUCU